AUGUCGUCUCUAGUGAUCUCCCGCGAUUUCCAAACAUGCGUUCAGUGCGAUUCCGCAGCGCCAAAAUGUCCCGUCUGCGAUGAAGGUUACACCUGUACGAUGAUCAGUCAAUCGUGUAGCCAAUGCGCCACCACAAAAUGCAUCCAGUCGUCUUCCUCCGGCAAUUCGGGUUCAGACGGCUCGUCCAAUGGUGGAAGCAACGCGGGCGCCAUUGCAGGAGGAGUGAUCGGUGGUGUCGCCUGUAUCGCGAUCGUGACAUUCCUCAUCUGGUGGUUCUUCGUCCGCAAGAAGCGCAGCAACCAGGAGCAACAAGUAGGAACCCCUGGCGAAAAGCGAAGCGUAUUCGAAGACACUCGGCAGUCACGGAAAUCGACCAACUCGAUUGCGUCCACCGUUCUGACUCGUGCAUCGAACGUGAUCCAAAUCGCCUAUAUCCCCGGGGUCACAAACCGGUCGCCCCCUGAGACGCCCGGCUCCCUGGUGCCCCCGGUCCCACCACUACCCGGCGCCUCGCCGGACCAGCACUUUUUCAUGCCCGGCGAUCUACGCGAUUCUUCCUGGUCCGACAUGUCGCAGCCUCAUCGCAGCAUUGCUCCCAGUCUGCGCAGCAGUGUGGCCACCACCAUCUACCGCAACAACGCCAUUGUCAGCCCCAUGCCGGCACAGCAGGUGAUGCGCACCCGGGCCGCCGUGGUCAGCAUCCACAACGGAGGCAACGCCCCCUCGACACCCGAAGCACCGGCCGUGCCUGCCAUCACACAAGCGCAGCUCGUGAAGGCCGGCGUAUCGGAUCCCCAUACCAAGAGCUCCAUCGUCGCGCGCACCGUCACGGCCAAACCCGUCAUGGUGAAAGCCACGGGCGCCAAGAAAAUUACAACCGCACCGCCGGUGCAACCGAUUCAGGAGCAGACAGAGUCGAGCUCCUCAAGCACGAAUGGCUCACCUACCAUCAGUACAACUAAGUCCAAGUUUGAUGCUGCCACAUCGACCUUCGAUACCAGCUCGUCCGACGAGGAGGACUCCAUCGUCGAGUCCCAUCCAAAGGCCAAUAGCGCCCGCAACUCUCAACCCGCCAGGUCCUCUCGUGUCCCAACGGUGAUUGAAGACUCACCCGCCGUCGACCAGAGCCCGUUCCGGGAUCAAAACACAGACACCCCCGAGGAGAAACCGCGACUGUCGGCCUUUCUGGAUGCCAACGGAGGGACCUGGUCCAACAGAAGCAGCCGCACGGUCCCUCCACGCGGAGAAAGCCCGUUCUCGGACGCGAAUGAGGUGAAAUGA